AUGGCAGGAGGUGUUACAUUGUAUACCUUGGAGGAGAGAGCGGGUGAUACAGUACCAAUGGCGAUAUCCAUGCAUGGAGGAAGCAGGGCCAGUUACACGGCCGAAUGCAAGUCCAGGACUGAAGGAGGAGGAAGCACAGCGACGACAGGCUGUGGCAGUCUAUCUUGCGAACCGUUUUGGGGUGAAGCACGCCUCUCGUCAACCUUAUCCAUUGCGGCGGGCCCUGAGGGGGGCAAGGACCACGAGGGUCAGGCAAGCUGCUUCUACGGUUCUGUAAUGCUUACCCGGGCCCGGCAGAACCCACGGCCUACUAGGCAGCGUGGGAGUAACGGGACGAAAAGGCUCCAGGAUGACGGCCGACGAGCAAGAGUUGCAAGGCAUGGGUUCGGACGGCCAAUUUACUUGUACACCAUUGGAUCCCAACCAUGGACGCUAGGGCCGGGCAGCUUUGCGAACCACCAUAUCGGCUAUACCCUACUCCGUACUUACUCGGUGGAUUACAGACGAGCAGGAGAUGGGGCCAUUUUCCUGCUCCCCACGCUGGAUUCAUGA